AUGCCUGUCGACAGCUCCUGGCGCUUGGUGGACGGCGAGCACGACAGCUUCGACACCACAAUCCUACCCUCUGUGGACGGCCAAGGCGACCAUGUCCCGGCUCCUCUUUCCAGCGGCCAGCCCUCUUCCGGUCUCCCUUCCCAGCUUUCUUCCCAGGGGAACAACCCGAGCCUGGGCUCCGCCUCGGCGUCUCAGGACAGCAUCCGCGAUUUCGUCAAGCACCAGGACGACGAGCAGGUCAUUCUUCGCGAGCCGUUUCGGCCCAGCGUCAUCUCGGCCUCGAGCUCCAGCAGAGCCCUCCGGGGCUAUCCUCGCACCCCCGACCCUCAGUUCAAGAUGCCCCUGGUCGACCUGGGGGGCUCGGGCCGCAGCGCCCGGACAGUCCGGCCGUUUGCGACGGGGGCCGGCUACCAGGACGGAAGCCAAGGACAUGCCAGCCGGCGCCACGACGCGGCGUCGACGGGCAGCCCGCUGGUCAAGAGGGGAGCGCGUCGCCAAGACGACUCCUCCUCCUCCUCCUCCUCCUCCUCCUCGGGCGAGCAUCACCGCCAGCAACCCGCGUCGCUGGCGAGCGAGGUCUGCGGCGCGCUGGCCGCCAUGGGCCGCAGCGUCGCUUCCUUGCUGCCGUCUGCCCUGCGCAACGCGCUGCUGUGGGCCGGCGACGUCGUCGUCAUCGCGCUCAGCUUCGCCAGGUACCCCCUCGGACUGCUCCUCGCCGCGUACCUCGUCUUUGGCGGCGCCAUGGUGGUCCAGAACAUGGCCACGCGAUCCGUCUACUCGGCCAUGUCGCCCCUCUGCCGCCUCCCCGGCACCUCCUUCCUCCACCUGCCUUUCUGCCCGCCCGGGGGCCGCGACGCCGGCCUCGGGCGGCUCAACGCGACGGCCGCCGGCCUCGGAGCCGUCGAGUUCGACCGCCUGAUGGGCGCGCAGUCCCGGUUCGAGCAGGUGCUCGAGCGCAGCGCCGACGGCGUCUCGCUGCCGUUCCAGAUGAAGCGCUCCGAGGCGGCCGUGCGAGACCUGCGGACCCUCGUCCGCCACAGCGACAUCCAGGCGCGGCACGAGCUGGUCCUCGAGCUGGACGGCUACAUCGACACGGCCAGGCAGGCGGCGUCGGGCCUGCAGCGGUUCAACGCCCACGUGGGCUCCGCCGUCGACGCCGUCAUCAGCAUCAACCGCUGGACGUCGCGCUACAUCGACUCGCUGUCGGCGGACGACGACGACGACGACGCCGUGCGGCGAAACCCCUCCUCCUCCUCCUCCCCCUCCUCCGCGCUGGCCGAGUGGGCGCAGUGGAUCCUGUCGCCCUUCCAGCCCGCCGACGACCCGCCGCCCUUCUUCAGCGAGCGCGUCCUCCUCGACAAGUACGUCGAGCACACGGGCCUCGUGUCCGAGCGCAUCGCCGCCCUCAUCCUCGAGGCCCAGGCCGUGCUGCGGCUCCUCACCCGGGCCGAGGACCACCUCGGCCUCCUCUACGACAUCACCUCGCGCUCCUCGACCGCCGUCUCCUCCCGCCGCCAGGAGAUGCUGCGCACCCUGUGGACCCGCCUCGGCGGCAACGCGGGCCGCCUGCACAGCCUCGCCCGGCAGCUCUCGCUCCUGCGCGAGGUCGACGCCCAGCGCUCCACCGCCGUCCGCCAGGUCAGCGCGCUCCUCCUCGAGCUCGAGUCCAUCCAGGCCAACCUGGGCGACCUGCGCGACCGCGUCGCCGAGCCGCGCCUCGUGGCCGCCUCCUCCUCCUCCUCCUCCUCCGCCGCCGCCGCCGCCCGCAUCCCGCUGAGCGUCCACAUCGAGACCAUCGACCGCGGGGUCGACAGGCUGCAGGCGGCGAGGGCGCGCAUCCGGGCCGCCGAAGACGAUCGCGUGCGGGACUUCCUCGCCAAGGCGGGGCUGCACCAGCGCCAGGACCACCUGAUCGACGUCGCUCGCGGAACCGUCUUGUCGUCGCCGGAGGGAGCCUCGUGUACAACCAAUCUCGAUUCCUCCCAUCUGAGUAUUGGCACAAAGGGAAUAAAGGGUCAGGGUGCUAUCGGCCUCGACGUCAAAGAUUCUACGGUGCCCGCAUACACGCGCGCAGUGGCUUUCCUCUGGCUGCUUUCACGGCAUCAGAACCCCACGUGGAUGAAACGAAACAUGACCGCGCGGAAGCAAAAGCCCAAGCAAGGCUCGUCGGGCAACGAGCCAGCCCGCAAUGCAUUGUCCGUUCCCAAAACACACGGCAAAUGA